AUGAAAUACGUAUUGGUAUCUGGAGGUGUUAUCAGCGGUGUCGGCAAGGGCAUUAUUGGNCAUGGCGAAGUCUUUGUUCUCGACGAUGGCGGUGAAGUCGACCUCGAUCUCGGCAACUACGAACGCUACCUCAACAUCACCCUGACCCGCGAAAACAACAUCACCACUGGCAAGAUUUACCAGCACGUCAUCGAAAAGGAGCGCAGAGGAGACUACCUGGGUCACACCGUCCAGGUCGUCCCUCACAUUGUCGACGCCAUCCAGGACUGGGUCGAGAGAGUGGCCAAGAUUCCUGUCGACGACACAAAUGAAGAGCCCGACGUCUGUAUCAUCGAAUUGGGAGGCACAGUCGGCGACAUUGAGAGCAUGCCCUUUGUUGAGGCAAUGACUCAGCUCCGCGCCCGUGCCGGAAGAGACAACUUCAUGCAAAUUCACGUCAGCUACGUGCCCAUGGUACACGGCGAACAAAAGACAAAGCCCACUCAAAUGGCCAUCAAGGCUGUGCGCAGUGCCGGUCUGAUUCCCGACCUGAUUGCCUGCCGUUGCGAACACCCCCUUGACGCUGGCGCUCACCAAAAGAUUGCACGCUUUUGUCAGGUCCCUCUUCCCCAAGUUCUCGUUGUCCGCGACAUGCCCACCACAUAUCAAGUCCCCAUUCUCCUUCAAGAACAAGGUCUCUUGCAGAGCUUGAAGGACAUUCUUCGCAUCGAUGCAUUGACCAUUUCUUCCGCUCUCGCAACCAAGGGUGCCGAAAUCUGGGCCACCUGGAAUAGCCUGGCGAAUGGUUUGGCAACCGUUACUGACGUCGUCGAGAUUGCGCUGGUUGGAAAAUACCUCGAGUGUCCCGACAGCUAUCUGAGUGUUGUCAAGAGCGUGGAGCACGCCGCCAUGAGAUGCAAGAAGAAGCUCAAGAUUGUCUGGGUCGACGCCGAGCAUCUCGAGCCUCAGUGCGAGCGUGCGAGCCCCGCUGCNUACCACAAGGCCUGGCACGAUGUCUGCACUGCUUCUGGUAUCCUGGUCCCUGGUGGAUUUGGCCAAAGAGGUACUGAAGGUAUGAUGAAGGCUGCCAAGUGGGCCCGUGAAAAUGGCACNCCCUACCUCGGAAUCUGCCUCGGCAUGCAAAUUGCUGUCAUCGAGUUUGCAAGAAACGUCUGCGACAUUCCCGUCCCCGUCUCUACCAGCCAGGAAUUUGAUGCUCGUGACGAGGACCGCAUCAUUGUCUCCAUGCCCGAGCACCACCCUGGACAGCUCGGCGGAACCAUGAGACUUGGUCUCAGACCUACUCUCUGGCAGCCAGACUCGGAAUGGAGUCGUCUGCGUGCUCUCUACGCCUCCACCACUUCUGCCGAUGGCCAAUCCCAAAUUCUGGAGCGUCAUCGUCACAGAUAUGAAGUCAACCCCAACUACGUCUCCACUCUGGAGUCCAAGGGUCUCAACUUUAUCGGUAAGGACGAGACUGGAGUUCGUCAAGAAAUCAUUGAGCUCAAGGAUCACCCCUGGUUUGUUGGUGUCCAAUACCACCCCGAGUACCUCUCUCGUGUCCUCCAUCCCAGCAAACCCUACCUCGGCUUCAUUGCUGCUAGUGCAGGCAUGCUCGACACAAUCACUGCCGAGAUUGUCAAGGAGAAGACGGCAAACACGUCAUUCUAG